AGUCAUGCUGAACGGAGUGCAGGAGUUCAACACUGUUGCAGCAGUCGACACUGUCAUAAGAUAAAUACCACGAUUUGGAACAGCGUAUGUCAUAGAUCUGAAACGCAAAUGGGUGAGUGAAUUGUACGCGGGGAGAUUCUGUCUGGAUUUGAGUUGGAAAACCCUCUUUAAUGUCGAAUAAUACAUAGAGAGAACACUGGCAAUAACUUAUUAACCCGUUUAUACCGUCAAAACAGCGCGUGUUCAGUGGAGCUGUCAGUUUUUAUUGCUCAUUCCACCAACCAGCCGCAAAAUAUCGAGUUGUCUCGAGUGCUGCCCGCCCGGUUAAAGGGCAACUGCAGGUAUUGACAAGUUUGUUGUCGGAACAUUUCAGCUUGCCAUCACAUACCAUUGACGGACCUGGAUUCACUCAAUUGUUAUCAUGUCGUCCGGAGCGGAAAAGAGGCUGGACAGCCGGCUGAAAAAGAUGGAAUCCUUAAUCAGAGACCCGAAGUCAGUUUUAAACUUGGAGAGUUUACUGGAGUCCAUGAAUGCCUUGGCCCUGGAUCUGGACUACCCGGCGCUACGAAAAAACAAAAACAUAGAUGCCUUCUUAAACCGAUAUGAGAAGGCCAUGGUUAAGAUGCGGGACCUGCAGGUAAAGCUGGAGGACUUUGACAGGGUGAAGAUGAUCGGCAGAGGAGCCUACGGAGAGGUGCAACUGGUCCGUCACAAGGCAUCUCAGAAGGUGUAUGCCAUGAAACAGCUGAGCAAGUUUGAGAUGAUCAAGCGCUCCGACUCUGCCUUCUUCUGGGAGGAGAGAGACAUCAUGGCCUUCUCCAACAGCCCCUGGGUCGUCCAGCUGUGCUGUGCUUUCCAAGAUGACCGCCACCUCUACAUGGUCAUGGAGUAUAUGCCCGGUGGAGACCUGGUCACCCUGACCAUGAACUAUGACAUGCCAGAGAAGUGGGCCCGCUUCUACACUGCCGAGGUGGUGCUGGCUCUAGAUGCCAUCCACUCUAUGGGUUUCAUCCACCGCGACGUGAAACCAGACAACAUACUGCUGGACCAAAAUGGCCACCUCAAGCUGGCUGACUUUGGCACCUGCAUGAAGAUGGACUUGACAGGCAUGGUCCACUGUGACACAGCGGUGGGUACUCCGGACUACAUCUCCCCCGAGGUGCUCAAGUCUCAGGGGGGCGACGGCUACUAUGGCCGCGAGUGUGACUGGUGGUCCGUGGGGGUCUUCAUCUUUGAGAUGCUGGUCGGUGACACCCCAUUUUAUGCCGAGUCACUAGUAGGAACGUACGGGAAGAUCAUGGAUCACAAGAAUAACCUUAACUUCCCAGACAACGUGCAGAUGUCCAACGAUGCCAAGGACCUCAUCUGUGCCUUCCUGUCUGACAGGGAGGUGCGUCUGGGGAGGAACGGCGUGGAGGAGAUCAAGAGACACCCCUUCUUCAGGAAUGACCAGUGGACCUUCGACACCAUCCGAGAGACCGUGGCCCCAGUAGUGCCAGAGCUGAGCAGUGACAUAGACACCAGUCAUUUUGACGAGAUUGAGGAUGACAAAGGCGAUGUGGAGACCUUUCCCACACCAAGGGCCUUUGUGGGCAACCAGCUGCCAUUCGUGGGCUUCACCUACUUCAAGGAAGACCAGCUGCUGAGAGGUGGGAAUAAAGGGAUCUCUGUGGAGGACUCAAAAGACUGUAUGGAGAUCUCUGAGGAAAAAGAGGACAGCGUCAAAGGAGAGUCAGAUCAGCUACAAAAGAAGCUCCAUUGUCUGGAGGAGCAGCUCAACCAUGAGAUGCAGGCCAAAGACGACCUGGAGCACAAGUGCAAGACUACCACUAGUCGUCUAGAGAAGCUGGUCAAAGAACUCGACGAGGAGAUGAGCAGCAGGCAGAGAGUGGAGUCUUCUCUGAGGCAGCUGGAGAGAGAGAGGGCCCUGCUGCAGCACCAGAGUGCUGAGAACCUCCGCAGGGUGGAGAUGGAGGCAGACAGGAAACGCAGCCUGGAGAACGAGUUAAACAGCCUGCGGGACCAGCUUGAAGAGCUGAAGAGGAGGAACCAGAACUCUCAGAUCUCCAAUGAGAAGAACAUCCACCUGCAGAGACAGCUGGAGGAGGCGACAGCGGUGCUGGCCGAGGAGCAGGAGGCGGCUGGGCGGCUGCGGAGGAGCCAGGCAGAGGCCCAGAAGCAGGCCCAGGCCCUAGAGCUCAGCCUCAGGGAGCUGGUGGGCAACUGCACCCAGCUGGAAAAUGCCAAGAUGGGCCUGGAGCAGCAGCUGAUGGACCUGCAGGCCGACCUGGAGGCCGAGAGGAGGGACCGCAGCCUAGGGACAGAGAUUAUACAGGACCUGAAGGGGCAUAUCCAGGGUCUGGAGGAGGAGGUGAAGGAAGUGAAGGGUUCUCUCUCCAAUUCACAGAUGGAGAAGAAGCAGCUACAGCAUAGGCUCACUGACAUGGAAAAGGAGAAGAGCAACCAGGAGAUUGACCUGAUGUUCAAGCUCAAGUCGCUGCAGCAGAGCUUUGACAUGGAGCAGGCAGAGCACAAGGCCACCAAGACACGCCUGGCCGACAAGAACCAGAUCUACGAGUCCAUCGAAGAAGCCAAGUCUGAGGCCCUGAAAGGGAUGGAGCGGACGCUGCAGGAGGAGCGGAGCUCCAAGCUGCAGUUGGAGUCCAGACUGCUUCACCUGGAGAAGGAGUACUCCAUGCUGGACUAUGACUACAAGCAGGCUGAGCACAAACUGGACGAGCUGCGCACGCACAAGGACAAACUCGUUGAGGAGGUGAAGAACCUGACCCUGUGUAUGGAGCAGGAGGAGCUGAAGCGCAGGCUGAGCCAGAAUGACCUGAAGGCCCAAACCCAGCAGGUGAACGCCCUGUGCUCCUCGGAGAAGCAGCUGAAGCAGGAGCGCAACCACCUGCUAGACAUGAAGCACAGCCUGGAGAAACAGAGCCAGGAGCUACGCAGGGAGAGACAGGAGGCUGACGGACAGCUGAAGGAGUUGAAGGACCAGCUGGAGGCGGAACAGUAUUUCACGACCCUGUACAAGACCCAGAUCCGGGAGCUGAAGGAGGAGUGUGAUGAGAGGAACAAGCUGUAUAAGGACAUUCUGCGGAGACUGGAGGAGAACCAGGAGGAGAGGGAUUCCCUGGCAGUCCAGCUGGAGGUGAGCCUGACCAAGGCAGACUCUGAGCAGCUGGCGCGCUCCAUCGCUGAGGAGCAGUACUCCGACCUGGAGAAGGAGAAGAUCAUGAAGGAGCUGGAGAUCAAGGACAUGAUGGCCCGACACAGGCAGGAGCUAGGAGACAAGGAGGCCACCAUCGGCUCGCUGGAGGAGUCCAACCGCACCCUGACCGUGGACGUGGCCAACCUGGCCAAUGAGAAAGAGGAGCUCAAUAACCAACUGAAGGAGAUGCAGCAACAGCUCCAGAAGGCCAGGGAGGAGGAGAGACAUAUGAACAGCGUGAAGAUGUCCUUCGAGAAGCAUCUGCAGACAGAAAGAACGCUUAAGAUACAGGCGGUCAACAAGCUGUCUGAAAUCAUGAACCGGACGGAGACGAUGCGUACGGGUCACCGCCGCGACGAAACCCUGGACGUGCGCAGGAAGGAGAAGGAGAACAGGAAGCUACAGCUGGAGCUGAGGUCGGAGAAGGAGAAACUCAACAGCACCAUCAUCAAGUACCAGAGAGAGAUAAACGACAUGCAGGCGGUGUUAUCAGACGAGAGCCAGGUACGCAUCGAGCUGCAGAUGGCCUUGGACAGUAAGGACAGUGACAUUGAGCAGCUGCGCUGUCAGCUGACCUCUCUUAGCAUCCACUCUAUAGACUCCACCAGCAUCAGCAGCGGCAACGACCUGGACAUGGACGACAGCGGUCACCCAGAUACCAGGCUGGAGGGCUGGCUUUCACUUCCUGUGAAGAACACCAAGAGAUUUGGAUGGGAUAGAAGGUACGUGGUGGUAAGCAGUAAGAAGAUCUUGUUCUACAAUAGUGAGAUGGACCGAGAGCAGUCCAACCCCUACAUGAUCCUAGACAUUGAUAAGCUGUUCCAUGUCCGACCGGUCACUCAAACAGACGUUUACCGUGCUGACAGCAAAGAAAUACCAAGGAUAUUCCAAAUCCUGUACGCCAACGAGGGCGAGAGCAAACGGGAGCAGGAGUUUGCGGUGGAGCCGGUGGCACUGGCGGGCGAGCGCUCGUCCUACGUCAUGCACAAGGGUCACGAGUUCAUCCCCACGCUCUACCACCUGCCGUCGAGCUGUGAGGCAUGCACGCGGCCCCUGUGGAACGUGUUCAAGCCGCCACCAGCGCUUGAGUGCCGCCGCUGCCACACCAAGUGCCACAAGGACCACUUGGACCGGAAGGAAGAGGCCAUCGCCCCCUGCAGGGUGAACUACGACAUAUCCACGGCCAAAGACCUACUCCUAUUGGCCGGCUCUCAGGAGGAGCAGCAGCGAUGGGUCAGCCGGCUAAUCAAACGCAUCCCCCGGAAACACCCUGGCCCCGCCCCCGCCUCCGUGGCCCAAGCCCCCGAGCCACCCUCCCACUCCUCCCCCCGACUCUCCCCCGACGCCUCCCCCCGCAACUCCCCGAGCCUGUCCCCCCACCGCGGAGCCGUCAAGGUCCAGCCUAGUCGCCAGCAGACACAGCCUGCAGGGAAGUCCAGCUUACCUCUAUAAUACAAUGGUGUGGUGUAUCCUCUCACAUCAUGUGGACUUUGACGGGAGCCUGGACACACAGUGGAAGACGCAUCUACCUGCCUUGUUCUCAAAUUGCACUCUAUUCCCUAUGGCUCUGGUCAAAAGUAGUGCACUAUAUAGGGAAUGGGGUGCCAUUUGGAACACAACCAAAGACUACAAAAUGCCAAGUAUUUACACAUCUUUUAGGGGAAGAGGGUAAGGUUAGGUAAAUGUUGUAUUUAUGUUAGCACUGCGGUCUGACUCACAUCUGUCUCAGUAAACCAAAUGGUUUCACCUUUUGCCUUAUGCAGUAUAGUAUACAGAUCUGUGACUUUAUACAGUAUUCAUGUCAUAGCAAAUUUCUAUAAUUUCGUGACUUCAUGGAUCGAGAAAAUGUAAUACUUUGCAGGUCGCUCUAAAACUGCCUUAUUUUAUACAUGAUUUAUGUCAUGAUGAAAUACAUAGACAUACACUGAGUGUACAAAACAUUAAGAACACCUUCCUAUUAUUGAGUCGCACCCCCUUUUGCCCUCAGAACA